AUGCUCGGCUUCAGGUCAAUAUGUGGAAGUCUGAGGCCUAGGCUUGCAAAUUGGUCGCCUCUGCGCGCACUUCACACCGCUUCAGAUUCCACUGUAUCUCCAGCUCUGUUGACGAGAGCUCGCCUUCUUGCUGCCGAACACUCCAAAUUAGCUGAUCGACUGGGGGAAUCGUUUGACGCAAAAACCGCAAAGAGAGCCGGGGAAUUGGCGCCAAUUGCCAAUGUCUUGAAGGAAUGGGUUAAUGCCAAUGAGUCCAUUGGUGAACUCAAAUCCCUUCUGGAAGACCCCAGUACCGAUGCCGAGUUACGAUCUCUGGCAAUAGAAGAUCUUGAGACCAGCCAUGGUACAUUGCCCGCAAUCUCGGACCGAUUAAAGAAGUCCCUUAUCCCUCGACACCCUUUUGCAAAUCUUCCCUGUCUGCUUGAAAUCAGACCUGGUGCAGGUGGAGACGAAGCCGGCUUGUUCGCCUCUGAAAUGCUACGGAUGUAUAUUGCCUUUUGCUCCCGCCGGGGCCUCCGCCCCAACGUUUUGAAGCAGGAUACCGAAGUUGGGGCGUCCGAUGACCGUCUCACCGAAGCGGUGCUUGAAGUCGAAGCCGACGGGGCAUAUGAUCUGUUACGAACAGAAUCUGGAGUACAUCGGGUGCAGCGAGUUCCUGCAACCGAGACCAAGGGCCGCACCCAUACCAGCGCUGUCAGCGUGAUGGUCCUACCAAGUUUCUCGGAGACCGCGAGUGAGAUGGACAAUGCCUUGAACUUUGAAGAUCCUAGCAGUGAUUACUAUAUCGAUCCUCAAGAGGUGCGUGUUGAGAAGAUGAGGGCGGGAGGUGCUGGUGGACAACACGUGAACAAAACAGAGUCCGCUAUUCGACUGACCCAUAUUCCAACAAACACGGUGGUUUCCAUGCAAGAUGAGCGGUCACAGCAGGCCAACCGCAGAAAAGCAUGGCAGCUUUUGCGCGCAAAGCUGGCCGAAUCCCGCCAGGAGGCUCGAGAACAGGAGCUCGUGCAGCUCAGACGAGGUAUCCUCGGCGGUGUGGCGAAGAUGGGACGAGGAGACAAGAUUCGGACCUACAAUUUCGGUCAAAGCCGCUGCACCGAUCAUCGCACCGGCGUUACCAUCCAUAACCUGGACAGUGUGAUGGACGGAGGUGACGGUCUGGACACUGUCAUGGAGAGCGUGCGGACUUGGAUGGACAACAGCGAAGUCGAAGGCAUGAUCGCCGAGGACAUGGCGAAACAAAACGAUGUAAAAUAG